CGGAGCGAUUUAUCAGUCGAACCGGUGGAGAGCAGCAACAUUUCAUAACAAAUGUUUGAAUGAAUUAAACCGAAUACAUGCCGAAAUGUGGAGACACAACGCGAAAAUGACACUAAACAGCACAGCCGCGGACAUCUGUAAACGAAAAAACGCAAGAUAAUAAUAGUAGGGAUGUUUAUGUACAUGUUUGACUGCGUGUUAUGAACAUUUCUAGGACUGCUAUUAUAAUUUAGAGAUUGUAAGUAUGCUCGAUGCUGACUAUAAACACUGCAUAAUUUUACAUUAGCAGACGUGAAUGCGUUUAUUAAUCCAUACUUUAUAAUUUCAGGCCUGAACAGAAGAAAUCAACAGAACUGAACAUUGUUAAUUGAUUGUUUAAUGUCUUGAUAACUGCAGUUAAUAUGUCUGUAUUUUGCACACGGCACCUGCUCCAGAACUUUAAGUGCAUUGCACGCAGGUUACCGAUUUCAACUCAAUCCCGCAGAGUGUUUUUUGUUAAAGCCACUCGUCUUUUAUCCCAAACUCCAAAAGUGGGGUUAUUCUGCUGGACUGCAUGUGGGACCAUUUACGCCUCCGGACCAGAAUCCAUCAAGAAUCAUCAGAACCCCACAGAGAGGAAAUCAGUGGCCAGAGUUCAGAUCCACAGGCUAGUAUUUGUCCUGCGAUUGGGACUCCGCGCAUUGGUGCUUCUUCUCAAAUUCAGCCCUCUUUUACUUCUAUAUCCAUUGACUUUACUGUCCCAGCGUUGGGCGUCCCGUUGGUUGGAUUGCCUACUUUGGGUCACCGAAACCUCUGGACCAACAUUUAUCAAACUGGGCCAAUGGGCCAGCACAAGACGGGAUAUUUUCUCCCAAGACUUCUGUGACCGCUUCUCCAGACUUCACGUGCGGGUGAAGGCUCACUCCUGGUCCCACACUAAACUGUGUCUGAAGCGGGCAUUUGGGGAGGGAUGGAGGCAGAUGUUUGUGUUUGACAGUAAGGAGCCGGUGGGUUCGGGAUGCGUGGCUCAGGUGUACCGGGCCAAGGCCAAAGUGGCAAACAUCCAAGAUCCAGACUUCCAGAAGCUGCUGGAGGAACUGGAGAAGAAGAAUCUGCUGGAAGCCUGGGAGAUCCCUGGACUGGGAGGAGCGCUGAGUGAUUUUUGGGAGACGAGAGAUGAGGAGGAGAUCACAGAUGGGAAGAUGAAGGAAUUUGGAGAGAGAUAUGGUCAAGGUGAACAUGUGGAUGAAGAGCGUCUGAUUCCUGUUGCUAUUAAGGUUCUUCAUCCAGGAAUCCGGCAGCAGGUGCAGAUCGAUCUGAUCCUAAUGAAAGCUGGAAGUUUAUUCCUCAACUGUUUGCCCGGUGUGAAGUGGCUCAGCCUGCCGGAGAUUGUGGAGGAGUUCCAGAAGCUCAUGACCAAACAGAUCGAUCUGCGGUUUGAGGCCCAGAACAUUGAAAAGUUCCAGAAGAACUUUAAAGAUCUGGAAUAUGUGAAGUUUCCAACGCCACUCAGACCGUUUGUCACCAGAACUGUGCUGGUAGAAACAUAUGAGGAAAGUGAACCCAUCUCCAACUACCUGAGCUCUCACAUCCCAGCAGGAGUCAAGCAGAGAAUCGCACGCAUGGGUGUUGAUCUACUGCUGAAAAUGGUGUUUGUGGAUAAUUUCGUCCAUGGGGAUCUCCACCCGGGGAAUAUCCUGGUUCAGGGCAGCUGUGGGGAGGGAUCUGAGGACAGGGCCACACUGACGGACCUGUGGGACACUGUGGUGGUCAGCAUGAGGGCGACUCCUCCAUCUCUUCAGCUGGUGCUGCUGGACGCUGGUAUCGUAGCGCAGCUCAGUGAAGCAGAUCAGCGCAACUUCAGAGCAGUCUUCACUGCCGUCGUCCUCAGACAGGGUGAGCGAGUGGCAGAGCUGAUCCUUCAUCACGCCCGAGCCAACGAGUGCCAGGAUGUGAUGCGAUUCAAGAAGGAAAUGGCUGAACUAGUGGAUCGUGCUCUUAGUAACACGCUCUCUCUGGGGAAGAUCCAGGUGGCCGAGCUUCUCUCUCAAGUUUUUGGUUUGCUGAUCCAUCACAAGGUGAAGCUAGAGAGUAAUUUUGCGUCCAUGGUGUUCGCCAUCAUGGUUCUGGAGGGUUUAGGCAGAUCGCUGGACCCCAACCUGGACAUCUUGGAGAUGGCCAAACCCCUCCUGCUGAAAAACAGCACCUCGAUCCUCUGAUGCUCCUGUGUUUACGUCAUUUACCUCACACAGGCAAUGAAAACAGCCUGAAUUCAAUCAUUAAGUUAACAUGUGCAAUUUUUCCUGUUCAGUCCUUAUAAUACAGUCUUAUUGUUCUUAAAGGCACAGUACACCCAAAAUGUCCUAAUUUUCAAUAACACUCAAGUGGGUUUUAGGCUUAUGAAUAAAUUUUUUCGGUUGAACAUGAUUGAAAAGAUUUUGGGGGGAAGCAGCCACUGACAUCUAUAGUAGAAAUAAAAAUACUGGAAGUCAAUGAGUCUUUUUUCCAGCAUUCUUCAGUAUAUAUCCCUUUGUGUUUAACAGAAGAAAAAUAACUCUGCAAAUAUUCAUAUAUUUAAUGAACU